UAAAAAACAAGACAUAAUUCCCUACAAGGGUAGGACAUAGAAAUCCAGUGGACUUCCGGUGAUUCAAAAUUGAGAUUCUAGUAUGGGAUGUAGUGGAAGUCAAAUCUCCGAUCCCAAGAUGGUGGCUGAAGUUCCCCCGCAGCCGCCCUACCUGGGUCCUCCCUGCGAAUACCGCAUGGAAAACUUCUUGGUUCCGUACGUGGUACAGUCGGACUUCGGAUUCAUGCCCGUUCAGGGCAUGUCAUUAACCACAUUAGACGUGAAUGUGUACAACAUGGCCUUGGGGUCACUGUAUGACCUUGGAUAUCGUCUGGUGUCAUUCUCAGUUGUUCCCUCUUCGUAUACAGCCGAUAGUCAUGUCAAGGGUGAUGUCAAACAAACACACAAGUACCAAGGAAUCUGUCGGAAAUUACCGGAAGACGAACAACCCCAGCAAUGGUCUCUAAAGGUCGUCAAGUCGUUUUUGCCCUCUAAAGUAUUUACGUAUGGAUUGUUCCGAUUAGGAUCUGAGUCGCAAACCAUUGCCGAUUCCAACCACAUUUUCCAGACGAUUUCGCAGGAGGCGGCAAACGGUGCUCGACUUGUGUGCAUAGAAAUAACAGGUUUUAACUCCCAAAAUGUGAAAGCAUCAACGACAGCAAAAGCAACGGCAGGAUUCUCUGGCAGCACAGGUUCCACGAACAUGUGCUUCUUUGGGCAAAGUCCAGAAACGAUUUUAGGAGUGGACAUCUUCCUGGAGAUCCCACGAAACCCAACUUCUGCCCGUUAUGUUUACCAGUGUGUUACAAUUCCUAUGAAAAUCACAUGGACGACGGCGAUGGACAGGAAAUGGAACACAGAGAUGGACUGGGUAGGAGUGACGUCACAAUACCUUGGGAGUGGAUGGAGAAUGGUGGAAGUGUUUAUGGACCAAAACAACAGUGCUUUCCAUGACAGUGACCUCUUCACUACAAAUAUGACAAUCAACCAGAACUGUAUAUUCUUUUUUGAAAAGGAGCAGUCGAAAAUGAACGACAACACUCCCAUUUAUGAAGCGACGAUGGUCCAAUAUCACUCUUUGGUAAAAAUGAAAAGUAAAAUUGAUACAACCAUUACAACCAUAACAACAUUUGACACAGCUUGGGAACCCGUUGUGACUCAGCUAGGAACCUUUGGGUGGGAGCUAGUCAAAAUCUUAGACACGCCAGUAAUGAACUUUGAAAGCGUCAUCGGGAGGGGUUUUAUUACAUUCAAAAAGGUCAUGUGGAUGUUUUUUCAGAGGAAAAUUGUUACAGUUUCUGUGCCACUUGCUGGCGUAAAUCCUCCACCUGUUGCAGCGACACCUUAACAGUAAAAAUCGGGCAUAUCAGCGAAAUGGAAAUUAAAGACCAGAUAUUUAUGUAGCACUAUCCCAUUAUCACCUGCAUAUGGUGUUUAUGGCUCUCAACUGAUUCGAUAUGUGAGAGCAUGUUCUGCGUAUGAUCAAUUUUCAAACCGAGACAGGCUACUGACAAAUAAAUUGAUGUUAAAGCGGUUUUAACUGUUCCGUUGGAAAUUAGCAUUUCGAAUAUUCUAUUGUUAUGGGUCAGAACAAACCAUUAGUAUAGCGCAGCAGAAUUUACUAACAAAAUCCAAUUAAACAAUUUUAAAUAAGAUUUAUUUACAAUUAAUAAUUGAAAGAUAAUUGUAAUAAUAGCAAAAUACUAACUUACAGUAGGUGAAUAAUAAAUACAAGCACACAAAAAUGAUAAUCCAAAAUCGUAGUUCCCAUGGAAAUAAAAUUCAAAUGAAUAAAAUGUGUCUAACGAGAGCUUUUUUUUUAUCUUAAGAAUUUCAGUGUAUACAUGUAUAUAAUAGGAAUGAAUUUUCUAGUACACUCUUGAAAGACGAUGAUGCAACCAUUACGUAAUCUUUCUACUAAAAAUAGCUUAGUCUAGAACAAUCUCGAUCACAGGUGUUAAUGACAAGUAAACAUAACCUUCUAGAACAAUCCAGGUCAAUUUAGUGCAAAUAGUCAAUAGUACACAACACUACGGUCGUUUUAAUGAUCUCAUUUGCAAACACAAUAUGUCGUUAGGUCGAAUACUGUCCGAUACCGUAUAUCACAUACUAAUUGUUAUGUCGUUCUGUGCGUACUGAUUUUGACUACGGAUUACUCCAUUUACCCUAUCAAGAUGUAAGAUUAAAGGCAGAUGUGACCGGUCAACAGGGGAUGAUUACUCCUCCUAGGCACCUGAUCCUACCUCUGGUGUUUCCAUGGGUUUAUGUUUGCCCUACUGGCAAUUCCUUAUUCUUUAUUGGGGUUAAGAGAUUGAUCACCGUUCCCUAUCUUCACCUUUUUGUGUGCAUGUGGCUCUGUGAUCAAUUUAACUCAUUCGUAAGAGUUUUACUGAAAGUGUUCUCGUUCGAAUGUUCUUACGCAACUGACUUUAAUUUUCUGUUUUCUUGAUGAACAUUUGAAUUGUGAAUAAAAGAGAAACAGUUAAAGAAAA